CAAAAAGACACCUCUUUCCUGCUACAUAUUCCUCUGAUGUCACCAGUGUCACAAUGUCACAAGUCUGCAAGUGGUAACCACAUGGAACUUCCGGUGGGGGAAGCUGCCUUUCUGUGGAUGUUGCUCUUCGUGGGCAGGAAGUGAAAAUGUGUUAUUACGUUUGAGCAAAAUUUAUUGCAAAGCACGUCCGCUUGAAAAGAGAGACAGAGAGAACGAGAGAGAGAGGAAGAGGAAGAAUAGUUCUCUCCUGUGCAUUAAAACUGACACAGGUAGAAGGAUCGCCGAGAUGAGAGGGACAAACUCCAUAAGCUUCACUGUAAAAGACACUGAAGCUGUCAUUUAAGGGCCACAGAUAAGGUGUCUUUGUCCGAAUAAAUACUUUCCCUGGGACAUAUUGGCAAAUAGAAUCGAUACACACACAGAACUAUAAAGAAAAGACACAGAGUGCUCACUGCUGUGGAAAACACCUGAUGGGAGCCUCCUUACAUCUCAAUGGCACCGGCAUGGACACUUUUCUAACUGUAGAGGGGGAAUUGUGACACUAACCCCCCCCGUGUGCUUCCUCUCCAGCCACUUUUUGUUGAGUGAUUAAAUUUGAGGUGAUGGAGGAGGAUCAGGGGUGUGCCUUGGAGCCAGACCAACGAGAUGCUGAUGACCAAGCAGCAGAGGACAUGCAGGCAUCCCUGGAGCGACCGAGGCAGGAAGAAGAGGAGGACGAUGAAGGGGAGGACCUGGAUGCAGUGCAUCUCGGCGAAGCCACAAGGGAGUGCGCAGUGAAUGAUGCCUCUGCUAAGACAGGUCUGCUCACCCUUCCCAGCAUGCCUCUUUCCCAUUGUGAUGAUAAUUUCCCUCUCCCGGUCAACCCUGCUGAGACUCUGUCAGCUGAGGAGCUAGACACCAAUGGGGGGGUUGGCCUGAAUAUGGAUAUAGCUGAUCCUGGACAGUCUGUCUGCCACCCCUACCCCCCAAAUUCAGUGGAGCAGGACUUCUCCAACGGACAAUGUUUGUCUUGUUCUCCCUGUCUGGACCUUAGCAAUGGCCCCCACCAGGAGUGCUCGGAGGAGGUGUCUUUCACACAGGAGGAGGAGAUUCCUACGUCAGGAUGGGCUAAGGAUGUCAAUGAUGCUGAGCAGCUCGAAUUGCCUCCUGAGAAGCAGGCAGGCGAAUUGCACGAGGAAACAGAAGCUGGACGGGAGGAGGGUGCGCCUACCGUGGGUACUUCUCAAUCUCCAGUUGGCACUCAAUCCCCAGCCCUGACGGCUUCCUUGCAGGAUCUAUUACCCUCUGCAGACGAUCAGCCAUCACAAGAGAGUGGACCCUCUCAAUGCCAUGCUGAGACAACAGACCCCACAGGAGUAACUGAACCAGCUAGGACAGUGAUGGCACUUGAGACCCCAGUGGGUGCUGUGGCCACAGACCCAGAGGCUGGGGGAGUCCACGAUGGGCCCGAUACUGUAGAGCUUGAUAAAAGGGACACAUAUCCCAACCGAGCUGUAGUAACACCUACAGAGGAAACAGUCUUCUCUGCAAUGGAGGAGGAAGAGGGGAGAAGGAUGCCAGCCAGUCUUGAACAUGAUGAGGAAAUAGAGAAAGAGGAAGAAAAGACAGAUGAGGAGGAGGAGAGAAAAGAUUUGGCAUGUAGCUCACUGGACACACAGGAGAACAGGGAGAAGCAAGUAUUGCCAGUUGAGAAAGAAGACCCUGAACAGACAGAAGAUCCAACAAAAGUAUUGGAUCACACAGAACUGCCUGGGCAGACUGAUCUAUCAGAGCAGCCGAUGCAGGUGGAACAGUCAGAACAAAAGGAAGAGUCAGAGCAGGUGUUAGUGCAGACAGAACAGUCAGAGCAGAUGGAGGAGUCAGAGCAGGCAGAACCAUUAAAGCGGUCAGAGCAGGUGUUAGUGCAGAUGGAACAGUCAGAACGGAUGACACAGUCAGAGCAGACAGAAGUGUUAGAACAGUCGGAACAGUCAGAGCAGAUGGAACAGUCAGAGCAGGCAGAAGUGUUGGAACAGUCAGAGCAGAUGGAACAGUCAGAGCAGGUAGAAGUGUUAGAACAGUCAGAACAGACACAGCAGAUGGAAGAGUCAGAGCAGACAGAACCAUUAGAGCAGUCAGAGCAGAUGGAACAGUCAGAGCAGGCAGAAGUGUUGGAACAGUCAGAGCAGAUGGAACAGUCAGAGCAGGUAGAAGUGUUAGAACAGUCAGAACAGACACAGCAGAUGGAAGAGUCAGAGCAGGCAGAACCAUUAGAGCAGUCAGAGCAGACAGAACCAUUAGAGCAGACACAGCAGAUGGAACAGUCAGAGCAGGCAGAAGAGGCAGUGGGGCCAAAGCAGACAGAGCACCUGGGGCAGACAGGACAGAUGGAACCAGCAGACACACCCACCCCAAAGCAGACCCUGCAACCUGCACCACCACAACAGACAAAGGAUCAAACAGAGCACAAAAAGCAGUCUGUCUCCCAUGCCAAUGGAGGGUGUGUGGACAGAGAGGAGGCAUGCAGACUGGCAGAGAGACUCUACAGGCUACACGGAAUACGCCGCACUGAUGUUGUCAGACACCUCAACAAGGACAAUGAGUUCAGCCAAGUGGUGGGGGAGGAGUACCUAAAGUACUUUGACUUCACUGGUCAGAGUCUAGAUGAAGCACUGAGGUCAUUCUUGAAGGUGGUGGUUCUGAUUGGAGAGACACAGGAGAGAGAGCGAGUCCUGGAGCGCUUCUCCCACCGUUUCCAUCAGUGCAACCCUGAGAGCUUCUCUUCUCCUGGUGCUGUGCUGACCCUCACCUGUGCUUUAAUGCUGCUGAACACAGACCUGCACGGCCAGAAUGUCGGAAAAGCCAUGACAAUGUCCGCGUUUGUCUCCAAUCUGGAUGGUAUGGAUGAAGGAGAGAAUUUCCGCAGGGAGCUUCUGAAGGGCCUAUACAAUUCCAUAAAGAACGAACCCCUGGAAUGGGCAGUCGAUGAAGAGGAACUGAAGAGCUCUAUGGUGUUGCCAGGGGAUGACAAAGCAGACACUCCACUCCGUUCCAAGAGCAACCCCUUUCAGGAUGUUCCCCAUGACAAGAAGGCCACAGUCUACAAGCAGGGAUUCCUCAUACGCAAGGCGCAUGCAGACAUCGAUGGCAAACGCACUCCCUGGGGGAAGAGAAGUUGGAAGACCUUCUAUGCUGUGUUGAAAGGAAUGGUUCUCUACCUACAAAAGAAUGAAUACAGGAUAGAAUGGCAGAGCUCAGAGGAGGUGAUCAGUGUGCACCAUGCUCUGGCCGAGAGGGCUGAUGAUUACACCAAGAGGCCACACGUCUUCCGCCUACAGACAGCUGACUGGCGGGUCUUCCUCUUCCAGGCUUCCACGGCAGAACAGAUGAGCUCCUGGAUAUGCCGGAUAAACCUGGUGUCAGCGCUCUACUCCUCCCCUCCAUUCCCUGCUGCGGUGGGCUCCCAGAAGAGGUUCAGCCGACCCAUCCUGCCGGCCUCACAGUCUGCACUCACGCUGGAGAAACAGCUUCAGUCUCACAUCCGCAUGCUGGACUCGUUUUCGAGUGACCUGGCCCUUCUGCUACAAACCCCACCCGAGGGCCGGAAGUUCAAGGCCCGUGAGCUGGAGGACCGGCGGAUGAGAGAGGAGUACCUGUUACAUGAGAGGAGUCGAUAUGAGGUCUAUAAGCAGAUGCUGGAGGUGUGGAAGGGCAUUGGUGGAACUGUCGGUGAACCAGUGGGUGCGGCUGAUCUUGAGCGUUUCGAUGGGGAGCUGUGCAUGGAGAUAGGGGAACAGGAGGAGGAAGCAGCACUGAAGAAAUCCCACUCCAGCCCCUCCCUGAACCUGGAGCCGGCCCCACCCCCAGUUGUGAAGGUCAGGCGCAACAUCUCGGAGAGACGCACUUAUCGUAAGAUUAUCAUCCCACGACGUAACAGAGAGGUGUGAGAGAGGAGCCUCUCAACAGUAGCUCCUCAGCGCAACCAGGAGCUUUGCGCACUGAUAUCUGUUCAAUGGACUAGAUACUUUAAUGCUUCAGCUGAGGUGAACUAAAUCUCUAUUAACCCUCAUUGGUCUAUAGGAAAACAAAUUUGAGGGAAAUUCACAUGCCUGACACUUUUCUGACCUCAUGGUAUCAUAGUUGUCAUCACUUGAUUAACAUUUUUUUUGCAAGAGGGAAAA